AAUGGUAUUAAGCCCCACUUCAUCCACUCAGUGCUUAGUUAUAAACACUCGCCAAAGAUUUACGCUUAAAGGAAAACCUAUCAUUACAAACGACGUUCAAAAACUCGACAAUUUAUACUUUUCUGCUUCUUCAUAUGUGAUUAUAUGCAAAUUUCGAACAGUUGGGAACUUCAAAAACUUGUAUUUGAUUCAGCUUUCUUGUUCGAGCAGACGGUGUGAUCCUUACGCAUCAAGUAGCAAUGAAAUUCUCCAUCGUGUUUGUAUGGUAAACAAGUAAGGCAAACUUUCGACGUUAUUUUGUGAGAAACGCCGGAAAGGGGUAGCGAAUGUUCAGACGAAUCUUGUUAUAUGAAUUAACACAUGUUAACGGCACGUUUCCUCAGUCAUCUCUGGUUAUCGGUUUUAAAGGAUCCUUGCAUGAUGUAGGCCUACCAUAUUCCCAGGCGUGUUAACUGAUAGUUCGUCAGCUUGGAGUGAACUGGAGAUUUGCCACGAUGUCGCGAAGCAGUAUAUCACCCCUGGUCGAGAACGAAGCCAAGAACGAAGUUGCCAACGCGUGGACGAAUGGAACAGUGCCCCCUAUGACGCCCCAACGCAAAGAGCUUGUUGAACUACCACCCAUAAAACAAUCAAAUGGAACUCCAAUAAAUGGUACUCCACUGGUUAAGCGGCAUAUCGGAGCUCCAAAGGCCAUGGAGACCACAGUGUCUUUGGAGAUAGAAGAGAAUGAAAAAGGGAUGAGCACAUUGGACUACAGGAAAGACAUCGACAUGGAGUUCUAUCGUCUUCUUGGACCACUCAUCAAGUGCAUGUCAUUCUUCGGACUAUGGCAUGGUUAUGUUGUUGACCCAGUGCACAAUCCGCCACCAAAGACUACUUUCAAGAGGAUCUUUAACCAAAAGAACUACUGUAUCUUUGCCCAGGUGCUCCUGUGGUUUAACACUCUUAGGUACGCUCCAGCAUUCUUUGUUGGAUCCUACAUCGAUCCGAUCAAGCUUGUCCCAAAGGUCAUUUUCUCCAUCUUCACCCUGCAGUGCGCCCUCAACUCCUCCGUCUUCUUCUACUGUUUGUCCAAAAAGGACAAAGUGUCCAUCUUCUUUCACCACUUCGAGUUGGCUAUCCAGAGCAACCCUACAACGGCGGUGGAUAAGACGUGGUUGAAGCGAGCCAGUUGGGCAUGCACCGUGGUCGCCAUCAUCUUCAUGAUCGUCCACUGUCUCAACCAGGCUGCCAACGCCUAUCUCCCAAUCGAGACCUUCCGCAACAACAGCCUGGUUUUUAUCGCCCCCAUGUACUACAGCGCUCCGCUACACGCCUUCUUCGGCAUCAUCUACCUCUACAACUUUGCCGCUUGGAUCUUCCCUCUACUCUUCUUCGUCCUCAUCUGCUUCAUCCUCUCGCGCCAGUUCGUCAAACUUGAUCAACGCCUCGAGAGGUCCUUGCGCAAGGCCCGAAUCGACGGGUGCUUCCCGAAGGAUUUCGAAGUUCUCCGAAGACAGCACGAAGCGCUCGCUACAGCGUUGGACACAUCCAAUGAUGGUCUCUUUACGUAUGUGAACCUGGUGACCUAUGCGACUAUGGCCCCUCUAGCGGUGUUCUUACUGUACCGGAUCAUCACCUCACCGUCCUAUCAACUUGGUCUCUCUGGGUGGUUCUUCUACUGGACUUGGAUGAUCAAUAUCUUUAUCAAUGUCAUAAUCGUUUCAUGGAUUGCUUCUAUUACAAGUACUAAGGCCCACGACCCAAGAGAAAGACUCUUCUUGGUUAAUCUAUGGAAUAUUACCAACGAGGAAAUUAUGCAGAUGAAUGUAUUCCUGAAUAGAGUUAGCGGGGAUCCUAUGGGAUACACGAUAUUUGAUCUGGUUACCAUUACAAAACCUUUCAUAUUAACGAUUGGCGGUCUUCUCCUUACUUUCUACGCCAUCAUCUCCGAGUUCAAUGCAUGAAAAGGAGACUGGUUUUCACUUCACUUUGAGCGGUUUUGUACUUCAUUUAGAGUGGUUUCCACUUCACCUCGAGUUGUUUUCACUUCAUUUAGAGUGGAUUUCAGUUGUUUGAGCGUCGACCAUUUAUUCCUACCUGUAUAGGUCACUACAUUGACAUCAAAUUAAUCUAUUCGGAGUGAAAUUUCGCUACUUCAAUCUCUUCUAUUUGGUCCAGAGUUAAAUUGGUAAAACCGGAGGAGGUGGACGAUCGGUCCUCUGAUAUUGCACGGAAUGAAGAAGAAAAAGGAAAAAAAAAACCAGAAAAAUAUGGAGAAGAAAAGACAUACAUGAAGUUUUAAAAAGUUUAUGGAAAAGAGAUCCCAUUUCAAGUGACUUGAAUAACUUCGUAAUUGUUUAAACGAAAACUAAAUGGAAUUCGUUUAUCGGUCACCCCCCCCCCAACGAAUGACCAAGGAGGCGCCCCGUGUGUACUCUUACCCACAAACAGACGUGUUUCGUUCCACUUCCCGCCAAAAACCGAAACAAAAUUAUGAUUGCCAAACUCGUAUUUAAUGCUGCGAAAUUGAUACCAAUGACUGAUUGAGUCUAGCCGUUUGCAGAUUUUGUGAUCAAUUCUAAACCUCGGGAUCUGUAUGAGUAAAUAACUCCCCUAAAACAAUGUUCGAUGUAAGAAAAAGUUGUUGAAUUAAGUCUUAAUCGGUACUCGGACCCCAUGAAGAGCCUCGUCAUGACUGUAUAAGUCACUAAUUUUCUGGUUCUGAGUUGGUCGCGAACCUUUUUUUUUUGGGGGGGGGGGGUACAUACAACAUACCCAAGCCUGUUCCCUUAUGUUCGCCCAAUUCUUCAAAACAAUAAAAACGACAUGUUAUUUAUAAGCAGCAAAGAGAUAUUUGGCCCUACGAGCAAACAUUCCUUGCUCUCUUUUUUAAUUCGCUGUUCAUGAUGUUGCUGCUGAAUACUUUUGUCUACAUCGUUGUCAGUAUUUGCUUCACUUUUUCAAAUUAUCGCAUUUUUACUGCAAUAUAAUAUUUUAUUUCUGUAAAUACGCGUUAAUGUCGUAUAAUAUAGCAUUGGCGAGUAUGUAUUCUACAGUCACGGUAGUAUUGUAAAUUAAAGUUUAAUUAGCAUAAGAUUUUCUAGUUUUUUUAACAGAAACAAUUAAGACACAAGUGAACAACUGUUUCAAAAUAGUUUUGUUUCCUGAAUGAAUAUCAUGCAUUGCUGAGAAUAGUUGGAGCCACCUACUGCUAUGGCCUAUGUGUAUAUGUACAUUCCUUUUGCUUGCCUUAUGUCUUUCAAAUAUAACUAGAAUUUAUGAAUAUAUAUGUUGUAAGCUAGUGUGUCUAAUAUUUAUCAUUAUAGUGUUGCUUUUUAAAAGAAAUUUUAUUGACAGUAAGUAGGUAAAGUAGUUUUGAUUUGGACAUUUACCGUGUCAAACUAAUUUUUUGAGAAAAAGGGGCAUUACAUGUAGUGAAUUGAAGUGCAAGCCUAGAUGUUCGCCAUUUUGGAUAACUGACACGAAUUUACGACUCACGUGACGUACGACAGUAGUUGGGGACAAAAUAUGUGCAGGAUAUAUUUCAUUAGAAGGUGUAUUUUAUACAAUGCGAUCGGUUGCUAGGGCGAAUGCCUGGUCAUUAUACUCCGAUGAUAAUUGAAAGGGUGGAAUUAUAAAUCGUGUUUUAGAUAAAGGAAACAUUGGCCUGCGAUUGUGUAUACGAAGAUUCUCACUCAACAAUAUCUAGUAAAACAGUGUACUGAGUAGUAUUGAACAGGGGCCAGUUUCAUAAAACUUGUUGAUAAUAAUGAAUUUGAAAUAAUAGUUUAAAGCUACCGAAAUCCUUUGAUUUGAUUGGCUGAUAGUAAAUUCAUUAUUGAAAUUGUGCAUUUUUUAUUAUAACAAGUCUUCAUGAAACGGGCCCCAGGUCCUGAUCAAUAUUGAGUAGUUUUAGCACCACUCGGAGAACACUUUUAAAAACAUUAAAAUGUGUUGUUAAAUGCCCUCCAUGACAAAGAUCAACCAAAAAGUCUUUGUCGAAAAUUGGUGAAUCAAACAGCAGUUUGUCCUGGACGCCUGACAAGCGACAUACUUGCAAUGUUUCGUGAGCUCCGUAACUUAGGACGGAACUGCUGUUCUAAUGCACCAAUACUCGACAAGGACCUCUCGGCUGUUCUUUGUAAAUUUGAUAGGCAUUUUCAAUACAUUUACUGUGCUCUUGGUUUCGUCCUGCGUCGCGAUGCAGGACUCCCCAUUGAAAAUUCAACAGAAAAUGAUCAUCUAUUAUCUAUGUCGUAUAGGUUUGCUGUCAAAAUCUUUUGAUAUGAAUGUUUGGUGACAUCAUCGUGUAUUAGCUGGUGAUACGUACAAUUUCAUUUAUAUAAUCACGUGGACUGUCUUGUAAAAGUUGUUGAUAUUAAAUAUUGACAUUUUGAUAGCUUA